UCGAUUAAUCAAAUAAUCAAUCUUACUCAAAUAUGCUAAGAUGUACGAGACAAAUGUCAUACAAUUGCGUUCUACGUAAAGAAGUGCUUCGUAUUGCAAGCAGUUACCUGCAAGCAGACACAUACGACAUGAUCGAUCGCACCGUCGCGCGGACGAUUUACAUGAGCAACACAUAUGUGCUGUGUACGGCAAUUUUGACCUUUUAUUUAUUAGACUGUGUGUUUGCAUGUAAACAUUUCUCAACGUUAGCAAAUUCCAAUCGUCAUUGUGUAAAUAAGUUUGGGUAAAUAAGUGGUCAGCUUUAAAAAGAGAGAGUUCGGGUUAUUUGGCAAUCAGUACUAAAAGUGUCGCGAAGUUAUUACGAGAGCAUCGUGAUAUGCUCAAAAAAUGCUAAUAUUAACUUUUGUGUUCUUUCUGUUUUCGAUAGUCUUUGCUACUGAAGAGAACUUGAACAGAACGGACUUGAAAUGCAUGGGACACCCAAUCCAUAACGUAUCGCUUUCCGCGUAUUAUCCUGUAUUCGGAACGAACGACAAGAGCAAUCAUUUGGAUGUGCAAGGAAAAAUGUUAAACACUCUCCAGGAUUAUCUUGAUGGUCGCACCGCCUAUGUUACUGUUGCUGGUAACUUGAAAUCAGGCAUUCCAUACGGAACGAAGAUAUGCAUAGAGAAGUUGAAUGAACAAUUCGGGAGACAAAUUCCCCUGCAGAUAAGGGAUCAAGUUGAAUCUGAAGAGGAUUACAUUUCGCUCGGUUUUUCACGAUUGGAAAUUUGUGUUAGAACCGAAGAAGAUACUUACGAUACUUACGUCAAUAGUCUUGUUACAGUCUAUAUGUAAUAAUCGAACAACAUAUAUGAUUAUAGCUCCAGUAUAUUGUACGUCAAUAUAAUAUAUUAUUUUAAGCUAAACGAAAAAAAAAUUCAAUU